AUGGCUGGCUUUCUGCGAGGCAAGCAGUCAGGCAUCCAGAAUGACCUGUCUGCCAGCAUCCGACCCGAGCUGUUUACUCCCGAUGACCACGCGCGAUAUGGCCUCAACUCGCAGAUAAGUUGCUUUGCCUACGAUCCCGUGCAGUCUCUGCUCGCCAUCGGAACCGCCGAGAGCAAGUUUGGCCCCGGAAAGAUCUACGUCUUUGGCCAGCAGCGCGUGCAGAAGACGUUUGAUCCGCCGCGACGAACCUCGUUCCAGUCGGUCCAAUUCAGCGCGAACCGUCUCGUCAGCCUCGAUAGGAAUAAUGAGCUUGGUCUUUGGGAUCUCGAUACCGGAGAGCGCCUGGCCGCUCAGGUGAUUGGCGGCCCUGUGACCUCCAUGGUGACGGAUCCGAUGCUUGACUGGGCCUUUAUUGGAAUGCAGAAUGGAGAUAUCAUGGCCUAUGACCUUGACCGACAUGGCCUCGCGCGCUCCUUUCGACUGCCCAACUUCUGGAAAGCAAAGGAUCCGAUGCAGCACACAGUCACUCUGGUCACCAUGUCGAUGCAUCCCCGAGAUGCCGGCAAGCUCCUGAUUGGAUACAGCCACGGCGCUGUCAUUUAUACAUUCAAGCAGAACCAGCCACAGCAAUUUCUAGAGUACGUGCUUCCACCCGGGGCGCCGGGAGGAAACAGCGUCGGCAUGGAUGCGGUGCGUCGGCCUCGCUUGACCCAUGCCCUGUGGCACCCUUCGGGCACGUUUAUUCUCACUGCGCAUGACGACGGAAGUUUGGUGUUCUGGGAUCCUAAAGAAGCAAAGGUUGUCAUGGCGAGAACCCUUACAGAAUUUGGCAUUCAGCAAGCCACCCCGAGCGCACCAACCCCGGCGUACUCCGAGCCAUAUGUCAAGAUCGCUUGGUGCUGCAAGCAAAACUGCGACGAUACCGGAUUGUUGAUUGCAGGUGGCCAAGCUCCCGAUGCGUCACCCAAGAGCUUGACCUUCAUUGAGCUUGGCUUAACGCCAAUGUACGCCACGUCCACAUGGCAGGCCUUGGAAAACCAUUUCCGCGGCAAACGGCAUAUACCGCUAGCCCUGCCGCCUGGGGCUCAAGCACUUGACUUCUUGAUUAUUCCAAGAGAUUCGCCUCAUUUUGGUGGUGCACAGGAUCCUAUUGCUGUCAUUGUGCUAUUAUCUUCGGGGGAGCUGAUUACGCUCAGCUUUCCUUCGGGAUAUCCAAUCAGUCCCACCAACCAGCUCCAUCCAUCAGCUUUCUUUGUACAUCCCUUUGUCACGAAAUUCAAUGUGUCCAGCGUCGACAGGCCUAGGUGGCUGUCUAUGGUGGAGAAGAGAGACCAAGGAGAACCUCUCUUAAAAGGCGGAGCAGCUGGAGCGAGACCAAGAAAGAGAUUUGAAGAUCGCACAAUUAUCCAGACAGCGCAUGCCGAUAGCAUCAUUAGACUCUGGGACUCUGGACACGCUGACCAAAUUGAAAAUGAAGUCCAGUUACAGGUUGACAUGGCCCGGGCCCUGGACCGUUUCGAGGACGUGGAAGUGACUGCAAUGAGCAUGGCUAGCACCACUGGCGAGUUUGUCGCUGGCACGAAAACUGGGGAGGCUGUGGUAUUCCGUUGGGGUGUGAACCAGUAUUAUGGGAAAAACCAGCCAAAGCAGCUGGAUCCGAAUCCGAUGGGGCUCUCUGACAUCAGCUCUAGGGCAGAGCCAAACCUAAAGGAAGGGCUGCAACCGUUUGUUCUAUACGAGAUGAUGCAGGGCCCAAUCACCGCCGUUCAAAUAUCAAACGUGGGCUUCGUGGCGAUUGGGUCUGAGCUGGGAUUCUUGACAAUAAUCGACCUUCGCGGUCCUAAGAUUAUCUUCCAGGCUCCAAUGACAGACUUUGCGAAACCCGAGAACAGAAAGACGUUCCUCAAGGGCCAUUCCAAAUCCAGCUCAUUACCCCCGAAAGAGUGGCCGACGGUAAUGGAGUUUGGCGUGAUGACUUUGGAUGACGACAAAUACUCAUCGAUAUGCUGCUUCGUCGGAACCAACCUGGGUAAAGUUAUUACCAUGAAGCUUUUACCCGCAGGUGGUGGUUACACAGCCGAAGUGGCGGGAAUGGUGGCAUUCGAUGGAAAGGUCGUGGCCCUGAAUCCGAUUCAAGCUGACACUGGCAAACCUGCGCUAGCCACGGGCCCGAUCGUGGCUGGGCUGCGAGAGGGGCGCCAAGUGAAUGGUGCUCUCGUUGCAGGCAAAGGUAUAGUCACUGAGAAAGAAAUAAGGAUCCUCAGGCCUGCCCAUUCGAAGGGCGCUUCUAAAGAGUUUGACGACAUACUAUGUGACUCGGCCUGUGUAGCAGAACUUGAGCUGCAAGGCUACGCCAUUGUUGCUUCCUUCCGGGAUGGAUCAGCCAGGGCGUAUAGUAUCCCAGGCAUGCGGGAUCUUGGCAGCGCGAAACUCCCGAUGGUGGACCGUACCCGCAGCACAGCAACCAUUGUAACUCAAACCGGUGAUAUCUUUGCAUGGGCGGGCCCUGCAGAAAUGGCCGUCGUCCACGUGUGGGGUACAGGAAAAGCGCUUCAACAAUCUCCAGAUCGUUUGAUCAACCCCGAGAUUGCCAUUCCAUCCCGUCCAACUAUUUCCAACCUCCAGUGGAUUAGCGGAACACAGCAUGUAUCGCCGUUGGACCUCGACAUUUUGAUAGGAGGACCCAAUAGACCACCUAGCAAGAGGAUGAUGGAGGCUGCUGCAGCAGAGCAGCGAGCUGCUAGGAGCAAUCCUUCUGGCGGCGCAUCCUCAUCUCAGGAAGGCUGGGGCGAUUACUUGACGCGCCAGCUGAACGAAAGAACCGAGAAACUAAAUCUCAUGGGAGAUACGAUGAACACGCUGCAGGAACAAUCAGAAGGGUGGGCAGACGAUGUAAACAAAUUCAUAGGGAGGCAGAAGCGGAACAUGAUUGUCGGGGGUUUGACGUCCAAAUUCUUCUAA